AAAUUGUCUUCUUUCGACCUUGACUCAAGGUGAUUUCAAAUAGAAAGGAGUUUUUCGGAUCUUCGGAGCAGUUGUGUUGCUUCGCUUAUCUCCUCAUCACAGCUGGACGGAAGGUUAUCGUUUCUGUCGUCUGAUACUGUCCGUUUAUUUCCUUGGAACGUGCGUUGCGAAACAGGUUGGCAGGGCAGCUUUACAACCGCGGCAUUUGAAACAAACUCACCGAGCAGCAGUCGCUUCAAUCACGAUCAGAAUGAGCGUUACGAUCGAAACUGUUGCAACCACUCCGUUCGAGGGUCAAAAACCUGGCACCAGUGGUCUACGGAAGAAGGUAAAAGUAUUCACCCAGAAAAAUUACACCGAAAACUUCGUACAGUGCAUCUUGGACGCUAAUGGCCCGGCUCUGGCCGGUUCCACACUCGUUCUUGGUGGCGAUGGUCGCUAUUUCUGCAAGGAAGCUAGCGAACUGAUCGUGCGUCUCUGUGCCGCCAACGGUGUACGCAAGAUUCUGCUCGGCCAGAAUGGUAUCCUUUCGACGCCAGCCGUUUCGAGCCUGAUUCGCCGCCACAAGGCACUCGGUGGCAUUGUGCUAACGGCUUCACACAAUCCCGGUGGUCCAGAGAAUGAUUUCGGUAUUAAAUUUAACUGCGAAAAUGGUGGCCCAGCACCGGACGCCUUCACGAACAAGAUCUACGCUCUGUCGGGUGAAAUUAAGCAGUACAAAAUUGCGUCCGUCGCGGUGGAUGUUGGCAAGGUUGGGGUGACCAAUGCCGAGGUGAAUGGAAAGCCAUUCACGGUGGAAGUGAUUGAUUCCGUAGCCGACUACGUGCUGCUGAUGAAGGAAAUCUUUGAUUUUGAAAAGUUACGCGACUUUGUGAGUGGAAAAUCACGUCCCGGUGGAGCAGCGCUCAAGAUGCGCAUCGAUUCGAUGAAUGGUGUAACGGGUAGUUACGUGAACGAGAUCUUCGUCAACUGUCUUGGCGCACCAAAGGAUGGCGUUGUCCAUACGACACCACUGCCCGACUUUGGCGGAUUACAUCCGGAUCCAAAUCUGACGUACGCGAAGGAUCUGGUCGAUACGGUGCGUGCAGGCGAUUAUGAUAUUGGAGCAGCAUUCGAUGGAGAUGGUGAUCGUAACAUGAUCAUCGGUCGCAAAGCGUUCUUUGUCACACCGAACGAUUCGUUAGCCGUGAUCGCACACUAUCUGGAGUGCAUUCCGUACUUCAAGCGUAAUGGAGUGCAGGGGCUCGCCCGAAGCAUGCCGACCGCUUCCGCCGUUGAUCGUGUAGCAGAAGCACUUGGAAAGGAGAUGUUCGAAGUACCGACCGGCUGGAAGUAUUUCGGCAAUCUAAUGGACGCUGGCCGGCUGUGUUUGUGCGGUGAGGAAAGCUUCGGCACGGGCUCUAAUCAUAUUCGUGAGAAGGAUGGCGUGUGGGCAGUGCUGGCCUGGCUCUCGAUCAUGUCCCACACGGGCAAGAGCAUUGAGGAGAUUUGCGUGGAGCACUGGAGGCGCUAUGGACGGAAUUACUUCACACGAUAUGACUAUGAAGAGUGCGAUUUGGCACCGUGCAACGAGAUGAUGGACACGCUCGAGAAAACCAUCACCGAUCCGGCGUUUGUUGGUAAAGAAUUCAGCGCCGGAGGUAAGUCGUACAAGGUGAAGCUGGGCGAUAAUUUCAGCUACAACGAUCCGAUCGAUAAGUCGGUAUCGACCAAGCAGGGACUACGGAUUGUGUUCAGCGAUGGUAGCCGUAUCGUAAUGCGCCUCAGUGGUACGGGCAGCUCCGGUGCUACUGUGCGGCUGUACAUCGACUCGUACGAAAAGGAAAACGUACUGGGAAGUGCAUCGGAAAUGUUGAAACCCUUGAUUGACAUUGCGCUCGAAGUAUCCAAACUGCCAUCCUUCACCGGUCGUAAUGCACCGACCGUUAUCACGUAAAUACGAGCACAAGGUGUGCUGAAACAGUGCAAUAAUAGCUUGAUAGUUCAUCAGCCACUAGUGUUGUGUGCAUUUUGAGUUAGAAAAAAGCCUUCCCGGGCAAUCGAUGGUUAUGUCGUUAACUGCAAUUGUGUUUUUUAUUCGAAUAAUUUUUAGGAAAACCAUGCAAAUAAAGUUGUUUUUGUUUUAAAGUAA